AUGCCUCCUGUUACCGCAGUUCCCACCGGUGGCGGCCAACAUGGCCCGUCCAACUUUGACAAGCUCAAGAUGGGUGCCAUGAUGGGUGGCACUGUUGGAACCAUCAUGGGCUUCAUCUUUGGUACCGUCAACAUCUUUCGAUACGGCGCCGGCACACAGGGCAUCAUGAGAACAUUGGGACAAUACAUGCUUGUUUCUGGCACUACAUUCGGAUUCUUCAUGUCAAUCGGUUCCGUCAUUCGAUCAGAUGCUGAUCCGAAACUGCACGAAUUGUACAUGCGCGCGCAAAGACGACCGAUAGUGAACAUGGCCCAUCCAGCGUGGCGGAAAUCGUCUUAA